AUGUUGAAGCUUUUAGAAAAUCUUGACUAAUUUGGAGCAGCAUUUUAACCAAGCUUCAAGUAUUGGAAAUAUCAACACAAAACAGCAGUCGAAGGCAUUAUGUCAAUCGUCUUGUAUGGUUUAAGUUUUGCUUAUUUAAUUUAUUUACUAACUUAAUGGAGUUAAGGAUAAACACUGCCUAAAGUUACAACUACUUAGAGAAGCAUUAAGAAUUAUGUGUAUAAUAUUAAUGAAACUUAUGUUCAAUUUGAAACAAGAAAACUUUCAUUAUCUAUUAUUGAUCCAUUCGAUCCAAAUGCUAUAGUGUUAUAACCUAUUGUUUAUAUUUUUUAAAAUGGAAUGAUUAUCGAUGAACCUUAAGCAGUCAAUUAUCCAAUUUAAAGAAAGGAAGGAUUUAUAGUGUUAAAUAUAUCAAAGUUGUCGCUUUAAAUAAGCGAAGAGAGGUCGGAUGAGACACCAGAGAUUGAGGUGAUGAUUGCAUUAGGAUAGUGUUAAAAACUCUUCUUACUAGAGGGAUAUAAUGGCUAUUUCUCGCAACCUGCUAAUUCUCUGCUACUUAGACAAUUUGUUUAGGAGUUUAAUACGAAUGGUGAAGUCUUAGAAAAUAUAGGAAGAGAAUAGUUUAUUAGUAUUUAACAAAAUUACACAUUUUAAAUUUAAACGUUUGUUCGUAUGUAGGAGACUACUGUUGACACAGGAGCCUUGUUUGAAUAGAUGCAACAAUAUAAUUUUAUAGUAGAUUAUAGAAUGAGCAAUUCUAUUUUAGAUUUAAAUUACUUUGGGUAGAUUUUAACUUAUAAUGUCUAUAUGACCUUGUACUAUAAAAUAGAUAAUAUCUAAUAGAAACAAAUAAUCAUAUAUCCAAAGUUAAGUGAAGUGUUGGCAGAGGCAGGUUCUAUAGCAUCCACUUUAUUGUUGAUAUCUUAUUUAGUUGUAAUUCUAAAUGAGAGUCAAUUAUAUCAGGAUGCAAUCAAUUAUGUAAUAUCUUUGCAUUUUCCUGAUUUUGCUUAGGUCAAGAUUAAGAAGAAUAUCUUUGGUUAAAUUAUUUAAGUUGAAAGAGAUGGGAAGUAGUUGGAUUUAAAUGCAUUUAAGACCCAAUAUUCUAAACUGAAGAGGAUAAGCCAAAUCAAAUUAUCGAUUUCAAAUCAGAUAUAUGAAUUAUCAAGGAUUUAAAUAAUCUUGCAAACUAUCUUUUCAUCUCAAUUUAUGAGUUAAUCCCAUUAAAAAGGAAUACCACUUACAACCUCAUAUUUAGAACCUUAUAAAGAAGAAUAGCACAGUAUAGUUAAAUUAGAAAUGAAUAUAAAUUAGGAAAAUCUUCUCAAACAAAAUUAAAUUAUACCUGCGUCAGUUGAUAGUUUAAUUGAGAAGAAGAUCUAACAAGAAGGAUUCCAAUUGAAACAAUAACCAUGUUAAUAAGAUAACUCAAAAGGCGAGGUGUGUUAAGCAUUCAAUUUAAGAGAUAAGCUUUAAUUAUCCUAUGAUGUUCUGCUAUAAGAGUCUGAUUUUGAUUUACUGACUAUGCCAAUUCAAGACUCGAGUGAUUAGGAUAAUAAAAUUAAAUGA